AUGACUUUAUUGCAACUUACAUUCAUAUUCUUACUGAUUUUCCUUUAAAAUAUUUAAUAAGCAACUUCCCUUUACAACCCAAAGCCAUAUUUAACUAUUGAUACAAAUUUUUAUGGAUAAAAUCUAAGUAGAGUAUAGUAAAGUUUAAAUGGUGAAUACUAUAUUAUGAUUUUUGACUAACAAAAAAUAGUAGUAACUCAAAAUGAAUCAAAAAAUUUCUAAUUUUUAGAUUCUUACAUCUGUUAAACAAAGUAGAUUUUAGAAAAAGUUAAUUACAUUUACUCUCCUACGUCAUAAGGAUUAAUGAUUUGGUAAAUUAGUUAAGAAGGAAAAAUAGUUAUUUAUAACACAUGGCAAGGCUAGUAUAUUUUAGAUUAAAUUAUUGUCGAUGAUGAUGAAUAAAAUGCUAUUGGAAUAUAUUAAGCUUAAAUUAUCCUUCUAAACAUUUCAUCAAAAAAAUUUAUUUAAAUUCAAAAAGUUAUAGGAUCUGUAUAUACUUCAUCUUUUGAUUACUUUUUUUUUAAGUAAUAGUUUCUAUUUAUCGUGAAUGUUCAAUAUGAAUGUGUUAUAUAUAAUUUAAUUGACAGAAAUAAUGGCUUCCAAGUAUUUGCUAGUUAAACUGAUACUGAAUAACCAUAUCAUGUUCUAGUGAAGGAAUAAAAUGGUAAAAUCAUAGCUUUUUUUGUCACUGCAUAUUAUGGUAUUAAUAUUUAUGAUCUUACGUUUCUCUAUACUGCUAAUUCACAAACAAAUGUGCGUAUUAGUUAAUGUCUUAUUGGAUACAUAAGUAUUAAUUCUGUAGUCCUUACUGGUGCAAUUAGUAUGGAUGGAAACAUUUUGUUUGUUGGUGUAAGAACUUCUGGUAUAAAUUGUUAUGAUAUUUCUUCAGAGGAGAAAUUGAAAAGCCCAGUUUUUCUCUAGAAUUUAGCUUCAAAUGGCCUUAGUAAUUACAUUUAGCUAUCAAAUGAUUCAAAUCAAUCCAAAAUAUAUUUGGCAGAUGGUAUACAAUUUAGUAUAUUUACUCUUCUUCAAGAAAAUACUAAAUCUAAAAAUAGUAUGCUAAAUACCUUCAACUAAGAAAUAUAAUGUUUAGUCUAUACUCCUUUCUAAGAUGUAUGGAGUUGGUAAAUAUAGAUAUCUGCCAACUAGAAAUAUAUAUCGAUAUCUUCUGGUUAAGAUGGACUUAGUCUAUAUGAUGUUAGUUAAGAUUACCUAGAUCCUGUUAGAAUUUAUAAAGUCAAAAUAGGAAUUAAUGUUUCUCAUGAUGGUUCAUUGUUUCUUAAUAAGAGAAAUUUGUUAGUUGUUGGCCACUCUUAAGAUGGAUUUUCAAUAGUAGAUAUUAGCAAUCCAAAUAAAAUUACAUAUUUAGUCUAGUUCAAGUUUCCCUUUGUUUCAGAUUGUGAUGGAUAUGAUGUAGAUUAAAGUACAGAAACUAAAUUAAUAGUAGCAGCAGCAUAAGCAGGAAUAGUUAUUGUAGAUAUUUCUGAUGUAUAUAAAAUCAGAAUACUCUCAGUUCUUUACCCUAAAGAAAAGUUGCAAAAAUCUGGAACGAAGAUGGUUUCUGUUAACAAAGAAUUCACACAUGGAUUUGGAUGCAUAAGAGGAGUAGGAAUUCUUUACUUUUCAAUAAAUCCUGUUAAUUAUGAAAUGACUCUCCUUUAAUUUUUCAAUUCGUUUGGUUCGGAAAACCUUUGGUAUGAUAUAUUCUCUUAUAAUUAUGUCUAUAUUGCAGAUGGAGUUAGAGGUUUAACAAUCAUAGAUGUUACAGACAAGAAUAAUCCAUUUAUUCUUUCCAAUAUAGUAGUAGGAGGAUGGGGAGAAAAAGUCUACUAGUCAAGAGUAAAUCCGAAUAUAGUUGCUCUAUCACACUCAGUCAUAGGCUCAGCAUCUAUUAUAGAUGUUAGCAACAAAGCUUUUCCUAUAAUUUAAUCAUAGGUAAAAGUUGAAAAUGAUUCAAGCUAUGCACCACUUCUCCCCAACAGUUUAGAUUAUAUUAUUUUUACAAAAAAUUAAGGAUUCAAAAUAUGCAAUCUAAAGAGUCCUAUUUAAGUUUUGAUUUAAAGUGCCAAACAAGAAAAAACAUUUUUAAGUGUUAAAACGUUAUCAUUAAGUAACACAACAAGUGUUAAUGAAAAUAUAGGAAUAGAUUAUAAAUUUGUUGAAUUUGACCCACUAACUGAAGUAGUCCAAAUAAAUUAACAAAUAUAGUUUAUUUUCACUUUACUUAUAACCAACAGAACAGCUUUCAUCUCUAAUACUUAUUUUAUUGUGCAAGAUAAAAGACAAAAUUUACCUGACUGGAUUCAUUACUAGCCUUAAAAUUCUCUCUUUCUGGCUAAAAUCCCUUCAUCUGCUCUUUCUAAUAACGAUAAUGGUAUUAAUAUAAUUUUAGUUGAAGUUACUUCUUAAAUAUAGGAAUCUGAUUUUGUUAAUUCAUAACUUAAUCUUACAGAUAGCGAAUCAACCUAGAUAUUCACUACACUAGUUACAAACAAUUACAUAGACUAAAAUGGUUAUCUUCAAAGUUGGAUAGGUAGUCUUUAAUACUAGAAUUUUUACCUCAACUGGUAUGAUGGAAUAUAAUUUUAAAUCAAAAAUUAUGAUGACACAAGAGUUUAAAAAUUCAUCUUGAGAAAAGUUUCAUUUAGUAGAUAUGUUGAACCUAUAUAUUUUAGGGUCAAUACGAGCAAUGCUUUUAAUAUUUAGUAUCUUUAACAGAAAUCAUUCUUCAUAAAUUUGUACUCUUAGUAGGUAAAAGUGGUAUUCUCAUUAACUAGCAGCAAUUCAUCAAUUCCUUUAAAUUUAGUAUUUAACGGAUAAUCUUAUAUCUAAUCAUAGAUAAUGUUGCUAUAAGAAUAAUCUAAAGUACUUACAUUAUUUGGCAAUACAGACAUUAUAAAUUAAUCAUUCUACUCUUACAAGAUAUAAAUUGCAGAUCUAAACUCCUAGUAAGAUAACACUGAGCAAAUUUAAAAUGCUACUAUUUUUAUAUUUAUUAUGGAUGAUUAGGAUAUUUAGUAUUCUCAAACAUUUCAAAUUAGAUAACUGUAGUUUAUGUAAAUAAGGUCCUUUCCUAAAAUUAAAAAACCUCUUCAAUAAAUUGUAAGCAACUAAAUUAAUAUUUAGCAAUCUGGUAUAAGAUCUGGUGAUAUCAUUAAACUACAAAUUAUUGCAUAAUAAAUAUUUUAGUUCGAUUAGCUUCUUUAACCAAUAGAAAUAAAAUGUUUUUUUAUUGAGGGUAAAUCAGAAAAAUAAUGCACAGAGUUAAAUUGGGUAGAUAUGGAUGAAUUAAUUGGACAAAUUAUCAUUAAUACUGAAAAAUUUUCUUUUCAUGAUGAACUAACAUUCAAAAUUCAAUUUUAUGAUGCCAAGUAAAAAUUUCCUAUGCAAUAUUUCACAGAGUUAAACAUAGACUAUGAAUUGUUAGAAAAAGAUCUUUAAAUACUGAAAAAAAAAAAUAAAAAAUUAUAUAUUCCAUUACAAAUUUCACAAACUGAAUAAACAAUUUCUCCUAUAUAAAAUAUUUUAGUUAGUCUUAUUCUUAAGUAGUAUUACAAAGUAUCUGAUGGAGAAUCUUAUAGAAUGUAUUUAAAAAUAAAGAAAAUUUUACAAGAAGAAUUUCCAUAUGUAGAUUGGUAUAAACCUAUCAUAAGAAAUAGAAGCUUUAGCCCACCAAGCAAUAUAUUUUAGAAAAAAAAAAUAAACACUGAAGAACAACCUGAAACAAACUGUGACCUAAAAUACCAUGAUCUUUUAAGCAAAUUCAACAUUGAUACUGAUAAGUUAAUUAAAGUCAUUUAAUAUCACACUGUUAAAAGCACAGGAAAGGUUUCAAAAGAACUUAUUUUUGAAGACAAAUAUGACUUUGAAUUAAUUUGUGAAUGCUUAAAGUUAGAUAUUUUAGGUAUUGAUCUAGAAAAUAAGCCUAACUGGAAAAGAUCAGCAUUUGGAUAAUAUUUAAUUAUGGAUUAAUUAGAUAUUUAAAAUAUACUUCUUGAAAGAAAUUAAUUAAAUGACAUGUACUUCAAGCUAAAGAAUUCUACUUUUCAAUAAAAAAAGAAAAAACAGUCCUUUGUAAAAAAUUUAUAUAAAAAUAUAAACUAUAUACUUUAUGGGGAUAAUUUUAAAACUGUUGGAUGUCACUUGGUGAAUAGUUUAAUAGAUGAUAAAAGACACUGGAUUUAGAUUAAUUAAGUAUCAGAUAAUUAAGUAAUAAUAUAUAUUGACUCUAAAAUAAUUAAUUAAGAAGGUGAGUAUAGAUUAAAAUUUAUCAAUAGCAAAGGUUAUGUGUGUUGUCAGUAAAAUUUCUAUUAUACUAAUUGUAUAGACAAAAAAAAAAAUAAAGACAGUUAAAAAGGUGUUUAAGAAUAAAUGUUAAAUCCUACGAUUCUUAAUCAUAUUUAAUCAAAGUCUGCCAUCUAAAAAUAAAUUAAAGUUUCUUUCCUUAAAGAACUGUUAUCAGAAUAGAAUAAACCAUCACAAUUUAAAGGUUCUAAACUUUCCACAGAGUAACCAGAAGUUGAUAAUAUAAUAGAUAAUAUUAAUGAAACUAUUAUGAAUGAGAAGAAGUGA